AUGGCGCCGCCAAAAGGACCUCAGAUUCAUUACCAGCAGAUUCCCACCACGCUCCAGCAACAGCAACAGCAACAGCAACAGCAGCCCCAAAGGCCAAACUUCCAGAUGGCUCUCCUCCCCCCGCCCCAGGACCGCCUGUAUCCCACCUUCGAGGCGCUGCAGGCGGACCUCAAGGCCUUCACCCGGUCGCAGGGCUAUGCCAUCGUCACCCUCUCGUCGCUGAACCGCGACAUCGAGGGCCGCUACCGCCGCUACAACCUGUGCUGCGCCAAGGGCGGCAAGAACUACACGUCGCACAGCAAAGGCCUCCGCGCCGGACGCUCCACCAAGACGGGCUGCCCCAUGCGCAUGAAGGCGGUGCAGGAGAAGGCCUGGCCCUACGGCGACAAGUGGCACGUCAUCGUCCAGUGCGCCGAGCACAACCACGAGCCCUUCACGGGCGAGCCCGGCGUCGUCGUCCCCGCCCAGUUCCGCAAGAUCGAGCAGGACGGCAUGCGCUGGCUAAUUAUCAUGCACCGCGAAGCCCAGCUCAGCCUCCGCCAGCUGACCAUUGGCCUCCGCAUCUCGUUUGGCGAGAAGUACCAGUACGUCAAGAAGAGCGACGUCCGCAACAUGCUCGCCAAGAUCAAGCGCGACGAGGACCGCAAGACUGCCGCCGCCGCCGCCGCCGCCGGUCUGCCCGCCAACCUGCCCUACACCCUGCUACCGCCCUCGCACCAGCCCCCUCCCCCGCCGCUCCAGCACGUCGAGCAGAUGCCGCCGCUGCCCGAGGGCCUGCAGGUGCCAGACCCGGAUCUGGAGUCUGAUGAUGAGGAUGGCGACGACGAUGACGAGUAG